GACUAUGGAAGGCCACGGCGGGGUGACUGGUUGCCACGUCUUGUGGGCUAAUUUUUUCCAUAUUCAGGCAGCCAAGCCUCACACUGACUCUGCACUGACUGGGAGGGGGCUGAGGCUAAGCCCUGCUAACUGGCCUGCCGGACACACCUCCUACUCACUGAUCCAGGGACUCUUGUGUUGUGGCUCACACACAGCUGGCUGCUGGAGUACAGGGAGCCCUGGAUAAGGAGAUAGGCCACCAGUCCUGGCCGGGGACAGAGGUCGCAGGGUGCUGUGCUCUGGAUCAGGAUGAUGUGCCCACCUUCUACAGCCCACAGCCCACAGGACAAUCCGCCCAUCACCUAGGGAUAAUUCCAUGCUGCCUUAGAGACACACGACAAUGAAUCUUAAAAAACGAAGAUGUGGAGACUCUAGCUAUGUUUCAGAACAGCAUGAGAUUGAUGGCGUUUCUCCUCUUGCUUGCUGCCCUCGGAAGCUGGCAUUGUGUGAUCUCAUGCAACAUCAGCCCAGAUGGGAAUUUUGCCUACUGCAAAGGCAACAACCUCAAUGACGUACCCCAGAACCUUUCAUACAACCUGGAGUACCUGGAUCUGUCGUACAAUACCAUCUCAGAGAUAACCACCAACAGCUUUUCCCAGUAUCCCUACUUACAAACGCUGAACCUGAGCUUCAAUAAUAUUUCCAGCGUAGAAGACGCAUCAUUUCAGAACAAUCUUGGCAUGAGGAACCUGAGUUUGUUUAACAACUCUCUUGUGGAGAUACCAUCUGCUUUGACACAGCUGGAGAACUUGAACGUCCUUGACUUGUCCAAUAACUUGUACCCCUAUGCGACUCUAGGGGAUAUGUUUUACAAGUUGGGGAAUUUACAAGACUUGUCCAUUGGGGGCCCAUUAGUUUCUAAAGUCCUGAAAUAUGAUUUUGUCCCCAUACAGAAUAUUAGUUUACAAAAGUUUGCAUUGAAAACCAAGUCCAGUUUAGGCUAUUACGAACCAGGGGCUUUCUCUUUGCUGAACACCCAGGUCCUGUGGCUUGACAUAGCUAUUGAUAAUAAUGCAACGCUGCUGAGGGACAUGUUAGCGGACUUGUCCGGUAAAACUUUCAAUAGCCUCCGUUUCCGGAAUUUAUUUGAGUUUUCCUAUUAUGAAGGUGCCGUGGACAUAUUCUCUUCCAUUCCGUAUAUUAACUUAGAAGAGCUGGUCUUCUACAGAGGGAAAUUCAAUGAAUACCUUCUGCGUUUGGUCUUGCAAAACGUCCAACUGUCCAACUUGCAGAACCUCUCGCUGCUCUCUGUGGAUUUCGCACGUUCGCUGAAUGGCGAUAAGACUAAUGUAACCAUUAAUAACUUGGUUUUGAACCAGCUGCUAAUAAAAGAUGUCACCAACCCGGAUAUCCUGAGAUUUGAUUGGACAUUCAUAUGGUUUAGCAAAGUCACCAAUUUGUACAUCAUCAACGUGAACUUCAACUUUGUUCCUUGUGACGCCUGGGGACAAAUGACAAAUGUCGUCACUUUGAACAUAUCUGCCAAUCGGCUUCUGGCUUCGUACUUGUUCAACUUAUUGUGCAAGUACAGCGUGCUGCCAGUGAUCGAGACAUUUAAUGUUAGCAAUAACCAGGUCCACAGCCUGAGGACCAUCUCACUGUUGACAGCUACAUGGCCAAAGCUCACCAACCUGGACCUCUCAAAUAAUUAUAUUGGGACUCUCAACGAGUCUUGUGUGUGGACGCCCAGCAUCAAAGUUCUCUCUUUAAGUUACAACUUACUCUCGGAGGACAUAUUUAAGUGUCUACCUUUGACAUUGGAAUAUCUGGACAUGUCUAAUUCCCUGUUGGAUCGAUUAAAUAUGAGUUACUUUAAACAUGCUGCCAACUUGACCUCUCUAAUUCUCAGUAACAAUAAAAUAAAAUUCAUUGCGAAGAGCUGGAACAGUGCCAACCUCCAGGUUUUGGCACUAGAAGGCAACUCUUUUGGAACAAUCGAUCAAGGUUCUUUCCAACAUUUGCCCCAGCUGAAAGAACUGACUGCUGGGAAUAACCCUUACCACUGUACAUGUGACCUUAGCGCCUUCAUCAAAGGGACAAUAACAUCGGGGUCCUUGAUAGUCCCGGACUGGCCAGACAAUUAUUUCUGCUAUCACCCUCUGAGCCUUCUAGACACCAGACUGGACUUAUACAGCCCGGGAAAGCUGGAGUGUAACGUCAGUCUGGUGGUGGCCAUAUCAGUAUCGGUAACAGCAUUUGUAGUCAUUGUCUGCAUGCUACUGUGCUGGAGGUUUAAUGUCCCCUGGUACUUGAGAGCAACGUGCCAGAUAAUUAGAUCCAAAUACCGAGCCCGGAAAUUCCAGGAAGCCAAAAACUAUGCCUAUCAUGCCUUUAUCUCUUACAGCUACUCGGACGCAGAUUGGGUGAGAUGUGUGCUGCUCCCUAGACUAGAGAGCUGUAACCCUCCCUACCGAAUCUGCAUUCACGAAAGAGACUUCCUCCCUGGAAAGUGGAUUAUCGACAACAUCAUAGAUAACAUAGAGAACAGCUGUAAGAUUAUCUUCAUCCUGUCCCGUAACUUUAUCAACAGCGAGUGGUGUAACUACGAGCUGUACUUUGCCCACCAGAGGGCCAUUGGCCAUGCCUUCGAAGAUGUCAUCCUGGUUGUCAAGGAGAACGUCAGCAUGAAAGACCUACCCAGGAAGUUCUGCAGGCUGCGGAAGAUGCUUAGGACUAAAACCUACCUGGAGUGGCCUAUGGAGGAAAGCCGCCAGCCAUUCUUCUGGGUCCAACUCACGAGCAUCCUGGGGAGAGGCGGACAAGGUGCCCCAGGCCAAGAGAACUUUUCAUUGGUGAAGGAAACUGCGAAUGUAGAUAGCAACUCAGAAAACAACAGUGUCAACACACUACCGGCUGAUCAAAACCUGGACAUUGUGUCUCCAUCAUUCUUUGUGUGACUUCUUUUCCGAAACUCGUUUCCUUAUGGUAAAUGUUUCUCCACAGAGUUUAUCCUGUCUUGUGCAAUUACUGUGAUGGAGCUCCCUGCACACGUCCAACCAAACCAAUAUUUUCCACUGGAAUAGGUAGGACAACACGUUGCUUCUGUGGAACUACAAAUGCCAGCAUACAGAAGGCCUGAUUUAGCGGCUAUAUGUCAAUCUGUGAGGUAAAUGCCGCUACAAACUCCUUCCCUUAUGUACAUCUGUAGUCAGGGACGGACUAGUGCGUGAUUUGUGCACACGAGAAGGAGGCGUGGUCACAGCUCAUGGGGGUGUGCCGCGAGUCCCAGAGGCCUGGCCUUGCGGCACCUCUCUCUGCAUAUCCGGACUGGGCCACCGGACCUUCUGACAGUUGCCAGAAGUGCCGUAUGAGCAGUCCGGCCCUGUCUAUAUUACAGAUUGGUGCAUCUUUAUGUGCCACCAUCGGUCGCACCAUAGGAACUUGCAGUAGCCCUAUGAGGUGCAGUUCCUUUCUGACCACAGCCUCCUGUGUCAGUGACUCUAAGUCUGGAAAUGCAGCUGCUGGCAUUGCCACGCCCAAGACCCUCCCAUAACACACUCACUGACCGUCCCAUGUUUGCAUCCAUUACUAGCCCCCUCCCUGUCACCGCCCAGGAACAGCCAUCACUGGACUGCCACAUUUCUGAUACCGUCUGAAUCGACUGCAACAGAAAUGUUGAAGUAUGCGCAGCUGCAAGUAAUCGAUAAGUUAUGUGUCCAUUGACACUGUGUAUGGUCAGUAUCAGGCACUGAGACUUGUAGUCCGACAGAAGUCGGAGAGCCUUGGGGCACGUCGACCCUUUUCUUAGACUGGUUGCCAAGGAAAUGGUGCCAAACAUAUAGAAUAAAUGUAUAUUUAGUUUUAUACAGACUGAAGUGUAUGCAUUAAAAAAAUGCAUAAAAAGUAACAACCAAUGAUCAAUUAUAACAAAUGCAGAAUAAGUAAGUGUAAAGUCUGGGCUGCUGUCCUGGAAACAGAAGUGAAGUACGCUGUAAUACGCCAGUAUCGCCCAGUAGUGAAGUACGCUGUAAUACACCAGUAUCGCCCAGUAGUGAAGUACAUUGUAAUACACCAGUAUCGCCCAGUAGUGAAGUACGCUGUAAUACGCCAGUAUCGCCCAGUAGUGAAGUAUGCUGUAAUACACCAGUAUCGCCCAGUAGUGAAGUACGCUGUGAUACGCCAGUAUCGCCCAGUAGUGAAGUACGCUGUAAUACGCCAGUAUCGCCCAGUAGUGAAGUAUGCUGUAAUACACCAGUAUCGCCCAGUAGUGAAGUACGCUGUGAUACGCCAGUAUCGCCCAGUAGUGAAGUACGCUGUAAUACACCAGUAUCGCCCAGUAGUGAAGUACGCUGUGAUACACCAGUAUCGCCCAGUAGUGAAGUACGCUGUAAUACACCAGUAUCGCCCAGUAGUGAAGUACGCUGUGAUACGCCAGUAUCGCCCAGUAGUGAAGUAUGCUGUA